CUCACAGGAAGUCAAAGGUUAAAGAGACUUGGAUUGCGUCGUGAAAUGCUGACCCACAUGAUGGCUCCAUGUCUGUAAGGAUCAUUUCAGUGCAUUUAAAUUUGAUGGGAUUCUAAUUUGAUAUAGCAUUAUAAGGGGUUUUCAGUGUAAAUCAAUUCAACUGCCAAUGAAUUUAAAAUGGGGACUAGCAACUCCAGACCAAAGAUUUGCAAAGUCACACCAAAAGAGGAACAGCCUCUCUGUCAAGCAGUCUCACCGAUGGUGAUCACUGCUGCGCAACAUUUACCGCAACACCAGCAGGGAAUUCUAGGACACCGGCAGAUCAGCCAGCUGCCACCGCUUAAGCAGCAUGUACCUCAAAUUAUUUCUUCACCACCAGAGAAACAAAGGAGGGUUUCUGCAAGCACAGACACUCCUGAUUGGUGAAAGAACCAAGAAGCGUCAGCAGCACAUUAGGGAACAGCAAAGAAUUUAUACUUCCACUGUUGGAGGAGCUGGUAAUUCACAGAUAGAAAAAAUCAGAGUGGUGUCCAGGCCAACUCAGAGAGACAUCUUCUGGGAUGAGACAAAGGGACAGAAUCUGGACUUCAGGGAGCUUCUGCAGCCAAGUCCUCCACUGAUGCCAGAGGCAGACUCAGGAAUGGAAGAAAUGACAAGACGACUAAAAUCAGAAGUUGGACUGAAGGGUAAUUUGUCCAGGGACUUGAAUGAAAGUGUAACAAUAUCACCAGGGAGAAUAAGACAGCAGAAUUUGCCUUGGCUUGAGGAUUUUCGAAAGAAUGAGCAAAACCAUUUAAACACUUGGGACAUAGUGGAGAGCCAGUGGGGACACAAACUGUGGCAAGACACACACUGGGAAAGUCGUGAAAAUGAAGAGGGGGAAAUGGAAGGGAAUACUUCUGGUCAGGUAAAUUCUGUUCACCGGAAAUGGAAUCAUUGGGACAAACUGACAUAGCUUAGCUAUUGAUGUGGAUAUCCUUGGCUAACCCCUUUGUUACUACUGUAUAUAUGGAGUCCAAAAAAUACACAAACUAAUCAUAAUGCAUCUGCUUAUAGUCCAAUAUAUACAUAUAUUUUUUUUUCUACAGCUUUCUAAAUGGUUUAAGUAUUUUCAUCUGUCACCUUGGACACUGAACAAAUGUUUAACAAACGCAUUAUUUGCUAAUGUAAAUACAUUAAGCUAAC